AUGGCUUCUAUUGAAACAUUUACGGUAAUUUACAAAUACAUAAAUACCCUAAAAAUAAAUCUAAAAAAAUUUUCUAGUCCAUAUGUAGAUUCUGAUUAUCAACCAGUAUAUUUUGUUGCUGAUUCAAUUAAAAAAGCAUUAGAGGAUGUUAGAUCCUUUGCCUAUUCAAUAUGCCCUAAAUAUUCAAAUAUUUAUUACCCAUUAACCAGAACAGUAAAGCAAUUUAAUAAUAAAGAAAUGGUUAAAAAUAGAGUAACUACUUUAAAGAAGGAAUGUGAAGAAAUGCAGCGAGAAUUAGAAAAAAUAAUUAUUAAAGAAUGA